UUUACACAUAUAUACAUAAUAUAUACAGAUAUAUAUACAUAUAUAUAUAUCUAUUCGUACAUAUUCUUCUCAUAAAGUACUGUACUCGAUGGAUAAUAAAUCGCCAAGAACAAGAGAAAUAAUGGGACCGAGACCAACGCCAUUGAAAGUAAAUAAAGAUUCACACAAGAUAACCAAGAAGCCACCACUGGCGCCGCCGCAACAGCCACCACCGCAGCUACAACGGCGAGAACCGCCACAGCCCCUGCCGCCACGUGCUCCGGUGAUCAUAUACACAAUCUCUCCCAGGAUUAUCCAUACGCACCCUGAUAACUUCAUGGCAUUGGUUCAACGUCUCACUGGCAACACCUCCACCUCCACAACUUCAUCCACGUCAGCACCAAACCACAUGUCAGCAUCAGAAGACACGUCGGGAACGAUGGAUGCAUCCCGUGGUUCCAUAUCUCCGGCAGCUCGGUACGCCUCGACGGAGAAAGCUAAUGCCUCGAACUACGAGCUAGGGUUUGCUGGUGACGUAGCUUCCACGGAUCAGUUUUAUCACCAUCAUCAUCAAACUCGAGCGAUCGAACGGCCCAGUUUUCAUCAAGCAGGGAUUUUAUCGCCGGGACCAACUUCUCUGCCGCCGAUAUCACCUGGCUUCUUUUCUACGGUGGUUGGACCAUCUGAUCCACAAGGGUCGUCGUCGUUCUUCAAUGAUUUGAAUUCUAUUCUCCAGACCAGUCCUUCCACGAUGCCGUCUCCUUCUUCGAUGGACCUUUUCAACAAUUUCUUUGAUUCUUGAAUCUUGAUUGAGUUUUUAUAUCAAGUUCAAGUUGAACUAGUUUACAAGUACUAGAGGGAGAGAAAGGAUAUCUCUG